AUGUCUAAUGCGUGCGAAGGAUCGUCUGCUGAAGAUCCAUCAUCCAUUUCAUUAGAUCAACCUUGUGCUGAAUCCACGUCAGCUCAGCAUAUUUUAGCUAAUAUUUCACAUCGGAUUGAAAAGCUUUUCGGCCCGAGAAAUAGAGGUCUCGUCGCCCCUCUUGCUGGAGCUGAGCAAAUCACAAAAAGUGGCAAGUCACGAUAUUUAUCGCUAUUCUAUCAAGGUGGUUCCGACGAGAAUACAUGGGAUCUUUGGUACAUAUACGAUAACUUAUCAAUAUUCAGUCACUUUUUUGAAAAAGCAUUGGCAGAAGGUGAACAUAGCCGUGGAGGUAUUCUAUUCGAGUACGAGUUUUGUGCGAUGUAA